UGGAGAAAGAGAACAGGGAACGGCAAAAUGGGAUUAUACAGAGAGGUUCUGUUGCUCUCUUUUCUAGUCCACGGGGCUACAGUAGCAUCCCAGGGUAUGAAGGACAUGCCCAUCAGCCAGUCAACAAUAGGAUUUCCGCGACUACCUGCAGACUUCAGGGAAAUGGCCAAGAAACUGAUGAGCAGAUGCUUCAUGAAAGGUCACCUGGUGCCUGUAAUGAACAAUUCACUGAACAGCUCAUAUGGAAAGAUGAUGGAGAGCCCCAUCUCUAUUUUUCCAGAGCUUCUCUCCUCACUCGCUCAGUCUUUCCUCUCUCACUCCAACCUGCUGUUCAAUGAAACGGCAGUAGAGCAGGAGUCAGCCUGGAACAUUGCUGAGAAGAUGUUGAACUGCACCAACAUGGGUCAUAUUAUUGAUCUCAUGAGGAAUAGUACGGAAGGCCCUAGUUGUUUCAUGCGGGCAUUCAUGGCUCCUCUUUCCUGGAUGACGAUCAUGCAGAAUGGAACAGACCUCAACAAAGAAGAUCUAACAAAACUUUUAUGGGUGGCUAAACCCUUCUUAGAAGCAAUGCCUCUGUCUAGCUUUGUGCUGCCGGUGUUUUCUCAAAGCUCUCAGUUGGCUAAAAUGAUGAAGGUGUUUGGUGAGGUGUUCAGCAUUCUGUCUGAGGAACAGAGGAAUGCUAUUAUUGGCUGGGUCAAAGAGAGAGUUGCACAAAAUGAAUUUAAAUGCGUUCUGAAAGCACCUGUCUUCAGCGUCCUGUCCUCUGGAUCACUGGAAAAAACUAUCAUCCGAAAUGGCUCAUCAUUCAAGGCAAAGAUGAAUCCGAUGAAUGUUCCAAGAGCUGAAAGGACUCAAUAUUCAACGAAUGAUGCAGUCCCUAAAUGCCCUCCCAGAAUGCUCUGGCUGAAGGCUAACGUGUUGACAAUGAUGGGGCCUUACCUAUCACGGCUGUCUUUAGAGGAAGCAAAGACCAUCCCUAAAGAAGAGCUAUGUGAGUUUUUCAGGACUCCAGAUUUUUCUCCGUCAUUUCAAAAUGUUAGUGGAAUGCAGCCCGCUCUUGGCCGAACACUUUUUCAACGCUUGAAACAAGAGUGUUCUAGCAGGGACAAUUUCACUCACUAUAUGGACAGGUUGGGCUCCCUGGCGUGUUUCUUUGAUGGUGCGCCGUCACUAAAUCUGAAUCUUAGUAGAAAACUGCUGUCUCAGAUUGAUACCUGUAACAACCCUGAAAUAGACACGGUGAAAAGACAACUAGUACAGAAAAUUCUGGAGAAAGAUGACCAUUCCUCCUCUCCUGAGAUUCUGCUGUCUCUGGGAUCCGGCGUUUCUGUCCUUCCUCUUUCCAGGCUGUCCCGCUUCACCUCUGAGGACCUGAACAACACCCUCACCAGCUUGAGUCAGGCCAAGUGGAGCCCAGCUCAAGCUAAGACUCUGGCUAAGAAACUGUUGGAAGCUGCUAAGAAUAUAAGUGGUGAGAAGUUGUUGUCUCUCGGUACGAUGGUGAGAGGGGUGGCCAGUUCCCUCCUCAAGAAUGUGAAGGCAGAAGGGCUGCUGGGAAAUGAAGCCCUGAAAACUAUGAGUGAGAAGAUGUCCUCCCUACAAAGAACAGCACUACUGGAAGCGUUCCGUCGUGAUGUAAAUGCAUCUGAACUGGUGGAGGGGUUGCCAGAUUCUCUCCUCUCUUCUCUGUCUCUGUCCACGCUGGAGAAGGCAGACCUCAGCUCUGUGGAUCAGCUGCAGGGACGCGGCUGGACUCGUGCUCAAUCAGCAUUCCUUCUGAAGAAGAUUUUGGGUAAUAGCAUCAACCUUGGAGAAUUACGGAAGCUGGGUCAGGCUGUACAGGGUGUCACUUGUGAAAUGAUUGAAAAAAUCAAUCAAACUGAUGUUUUGGAAAUGGCACAGAUACUUAACGAAUCCUGCGCAUGGCUCUCCAGGGUUCAGAUUCGCUGUACAGCUCAAAAACUCUUUGCAAGUCUGGAGGAACAGAGCCCAGGAUAUUUCACGAACAUUAACAACUCUGAGCUUCAGGCUAUCCCAUCGAUACUACUUAUCCAUCUACCAGUGGAGCAGAUUCAAAACCUGUCAGAUGCUGUGUGUCCUGCUUUCAUGGAGAAGAUGAAGCAAGUCAACCUGUCAUCUCUGCCAAACAGCUCUCCAGCACGCUACACACUUACUAAAAGAGCCAUCGGCUGCCUGAAGGGGAACGUGUCUGAUCUGUCUGCGGCAGAGGUUUUGACUCUAGGCCCUCUGGUGUGUGAGUUAGACCCAGCUUGGAUUUCCUCUCUGAACCCUGCAGCUCUGAACUCCACGCUGAAGGCUCUCGUAUCCUGUCAGUAUAUCCAGCAACAGCACAGAGAGCAUCUGUUCAGACUGCUUACAACCACCUACGGGGACCCUGCUUACUGGUCAGAGGAAGACAUGAGGGUGCUUGGGCCACUUUUGUUACUUAAUGACACUGUUAUUGAAAAGCUGCCGGCCAAAAGCUGGAUGAAGUCAUAUCUGUCAGACCUGAUGGACAGUUUGCCCAGUCAGCCUUUGGUUCCUCUUCCCAAGGAGUUCAGCUCUUGGUUUGAUCUCUCUGCACUUCAGCGCAAGCUUUUUGAGCUCAGAACGAGUAGCACACUACUGAACCGCAGGAAGCGUGAAUUGGUGUCCACCGUAACAGAGCCCACGCUCACUUAUAUUGAGGACCUCAAACAGUGCAAUGUAUACUGGACUCCCACCCAGCUCAGUAAAAUGACUGUGCAGACUUUCAAAGAUGCUGUGCCAACAUUAGGAGAGAUAACCAAUUACAGCACAGAACAACUGGCUGCACUCAGAGCAAAAACUCUGGAGGCAUGGCAGAGUGUUUCCAUGUUGAAUGAGUCCCAGAUGUCUAAUCUGGGCUGCAUCUGCCAGAGCUUCAGUGCUGAUGAGCUGGCCAAGCUCAGCAUUGCUUCACUGGACACACUGGAGACACUGACUGCUUGCAACUUUACACAGACACAGAGGACAGCCGUCUGGAAGGCCUUUGAAAGGGUGGCUGGCAUCAGUGUGGCUGGACUAGGACAUCUGGAAAUGGUGGGACUGGGACAGUUCGUCUGUGGUCUACAACCUGGCCAGAUUGAUCAGCUCAAUUCCUCCAGCUUCAGGGAGGCAGUAGAGGCGCUCGGUCGUGCUCCUUGUCCUCUGACCUUUAGAGAGCUUCUGAAGGAAAAAGCAGUGGCUGCAUUUGGGAAACCAAAAACCUGGACUGAAGCUCAAGUCAGCAUUCUGGGCAACAUCAUUGCUGGUUUAAGUGCUGCUGAGCUGGGAAGUCUAAAUCCAACCGUCCUGCAAUUCAUUCAGCCGUCCGCCAUCCCUCUUAUACCUUCAGAACGCUUAGCUGCAUUGUCGGUCAGCCAGUUGAAGGCUUUGGGUCCUGACAAUGCUGCUGCGGUAACAGAGGCUCAGCGUGCAGGCCUCAGGGUCGAUCAAAGGGCCGCACUGGAUGAAGCCAUGGGACUGAAAACUGCAGGCACUGGAAGCUCCACUGGAAUCUCCAAUCCAGGCUCUGGUGGAUCAGUCCCACUGCCACUAAAAGGAGGUGCAGCAGUAGAGAGCAAGGCAGGAUGGGUCCUCCUCAUGCAGGCCAUUGCACUGCUGUUGUUUGGAUACAUUCUCUAAGGAGCAGAAGGUCAAAGGCCACAGGAUGCCAUGUGUCAGAGAGCAGAUUCAGCUACUGCUGUGUGAUCAACCAGCAAACCAGUAGAUUUCAGAAAUGUUAUAAUUGCUUUAUUUGAAAACUAGGUUUUAAAAUGCUAAGUCACCGAUUGCAAAUUUAGAUUAGACUAAAGCUAGAAAUAGUUGAGAUGGUGGUUUGAUCAAAUCUGGGUCUUACCCAUCUUUAUUUACUUAAAUGCAUCUUAAAAACUAUAGUUGAUAAUAUCUCUAUUUAGAUAUAUUUAAAUGCAGAUCUAUUAUUAUGCUAUGAGAGACAUAAAACACUGUCUAUACUUAAUUAAAAUGUAUCGAAGAUGUAGUUUUGUUAUUAGUUAUUCAAUUUCAGUUAAAUGGGUGUAUUAUUGAAAGGUUGUGUUCUAAUUCAAAUUAUUUACACCCAAACAUAAUGGAUAAUAAAGGUUAUGUCUGUAAAGAGAGUAACUGUGCGAUUUGAAUAGUCAAAGCUGAGACUUUCACACCCUCAUGUGAUAAAACUCGCCACAGUACCACUCUCAAAUCGUCAAAUAUUGACGCCUGGUCAGGACACCUUGGCAUGACUUUGACACACAGGGACACACAUUUUUCGACGUGCAGGGUCCUCCAUUGCUUUAAAUAAUUAAAUGAUUAAUUUAUCAUGAUUAAAUGAUAUAUUGGGCAAUAAUACUGCCAUUCUUGCAUAUAUGUUGGGGUGUGAUUUUUCAAUGUAAACAGUCACAAGUUGUAUUUAUAUAACCCAACCCCUGCCACUAAAUCUACCAUUUGUCAAUAAAACACAAUAUAUAACAGACAGAUACAAAUACUGUCAUAAUUUAUUCUUUGAACUCUUUCGAGGCAAUAUGAUUGAUUUGUGAGAGGAAUAGACGUGAUCGCCAUAUAAGAAAUUA